AUGAACGUGCUCUUUAACCAGGUUUUCAACGAACACCGGCGUCUAAAUUCCCCACAGCGUCUACACUACUCCAUAGCGCCAACACUACUCCACGGCAUCUUAACUACUCCACAGCGUCUAAAUUCCCCACAGCGCCUACACUUCUCCACAACGUCUACACUAAUCGCCUACAUUACUCCACAGCGUCUUAACUACUCCACAGCGUCUAAAUUCCCCACAGCGCCUACACUAUUCCACAGCACCAACACUAUUCCAAGGCGUCUAAACUACUCCACAGCGUCUAAAUUCCCCACACGCCUACACUACUCCACAGCGUCUAAACUUCCACACAUCGCAUACACUACUCCACAACGGAAACACUACUCCACAGCGCCAAAACUACUCUACAACGCUAACACUACUCUACAGCGCCAACACUACUCCAACACGCAUACACUUCUCCACAGCGACAACACUACUCCACAACGCCUACACUACUCCACAGCGUCUAAACCUCCCCACAGCGCCUACACUAGGCGCCUACACUACUCCACAGCGCGAGGCCGGUACUACUCCACAGCACCAAUAUUACUUUACAGCGCCUACACGUCUCCACAGCGCCAAUACUACUCCACAGAGACCAUUACUCCACAGCGCCUACGCUACUCCAUAGAGACCACUACUCUAAAGUGCCAACACUACUCCACAGAGACCACUACUCCACAGCGCCAACACUACUCCAUAGAAACCACUACUCCAGAGCGCCUACACUACUCCAAAGAAACCACAACUCCACAAGACAACUACUCCACAGCGCCAAUACUACUCAACAGAGACCACUACUCCAUAGCGCCAACACUACUCCACAGAGACAACUACUCCACAGCGCCAUUACUACUCAACAGAGACCACUACUCCAUAGCGCCAACACUACUCCACAGAGACCACUACUCCACAGUGCCAACACUACUCCGCAGUGCCAACACUACUCCACAGCGCCAACACUACUCCACAGCGCCAACACUACUCCACAGAGACCACUACUCAACAGCGCCAACACUUUUCAACAGAGACAACUACUCCACAGCGCCAAUACUACUCAACAGAGACCACUACUCCAUAGCGCCAACACUACUCCACAGAGACCACUACUCCACAAGACAACUUUUCCACAGCGCCAAUACUACUCAACAGGGACAACUACUCCACAGUGCCAACACUACUCCACAGUGCCAACACUACUCCACAGCGCCAACACUCUCCACAGCGCCCACUGCACCAGCACUACUCCACAGCGCCAACACUUAUCCACAGAGACCACUACUCCACAGCGCCUACACUACUCUACAGCGCCUACAGUACUCAACAGAGCCAACACUACUCAACAGAGACCACUACUCAACAGUACCAUCACCACUCCAAAGAGACCACUACUCCACAGCGCCUACACUUCUCCACAGCGCCUCCAAUACUCCUGAUCGCCAACACUACUCCACAGAGACCACUACUCAACAGUGCCAACACUAUUCCACAGAGACCACUACUCCACAGCGCCAACACUACUCCACAGAGACAACUACUCCAGAGCGCCUAGACUUCUCAAGAGCGCCUACACUACUCAACAGCGCCUACACUACUCCACAGUGCCUACAAUACUCCACAGCGCCUACACUUCUUCACAGCUCCAAUACUACUCCACAACGCCUACACUACUACACAGCGUCUAAACUUCUCCACAGCGCCUACACUACUCCACAACGCAAACACUACUCCACAGAGACCACUACUCCACAAAGCCAACACUACUCCGCAGUGCCAACACUAUUCCACAGCGCCAACACUACUCCACAGAGAUCACUACUCAACAGCGCCAACACUUUUCCACAGAGACAACUACUCCACAGCGCCAACACUACUCCACAGAGACCACUACUCCACAGUUCCAACACUACUCCGCAGUGCCAACAUUACUCCACAGCGCCAACACUCUCCACAGCGCCCACUGCGCCAACACUACUCCACAGCGCCAACACUUAUCCACAGAGACCACUACUCCACAGCGCCUACACUACAGCGCCUACAGUACUUAACAGCGCCAACACUACUCCACAGAGACCACUACUCAACAGUGCCAUCACUACUCCAAAGAGACCACUACUCCACAGCGCCUACACUUCUCCACAGCGCCUCCAAUACUCCUGA